GUAGGGUUGCGGCACGGUCGGCGUCGCGGUGGCAUGAGCUGGUGAGCGCGCGGACCACGAUGUCGCGUCGGUGUCGCUGGCAGGCCCCGUCCUGGGCCAGUCUGCGGCUGCUGCUGGCGCUGCUCUUGGCAGCCAGCCCCGAGUGGGCGGCGGCCCGACGGCACAGGUCUGCCGACGUCUUUGACGAGGAACUCCACGUGCACCAUCUCAGGCACCACAGAGGCGUGGAGAGGGAGUUCUCGUGCGGCCGGCUGUUCUACCGCACCUUCCACCUGGACGAGCACCGGCACGCCCUCUACGUGGGCGCCAUGGAUCGCAUCUUCAAACUGAACUUGAACAACAUCAGUCACUCGCAUUGUGAGAGAGAUUCUCUUCGUUUGGAUCCCACGCAUGUCGGCAAUUGUGUAUCGAAAGGGAAGUCAGAGCACUUUGACUGCCGGAACCACAUCCGGGUGAUCCAACCGAUGGACGGCGUAGGCAGCCGCCUCUACGUGUGUGGAACCAACGCACACAGCCCCAGGGACUGGAUCAUACACCAUGCUCGAUUGCAGUAG